AUGAUGACCGCUACCCCCAAGCAGGUCAGCAAACCUGUAAGCAAAGUUGCGUCAAACCACAAUCAGUUUGAGGGACUGGAACUGUUCGAUACACUCGGUGAAGGGACGUACGCCAAGGUCAAGCUGGGCAUCACCAGCAACGGCGAUAAAUAUGCCGUGAAGGUGGUCAAUAUUCGGCACAAGAAUCUGCAGCCUUCCGAGGUUGUCCCAACGGCCGGUACGCCGCAACAGAUAUUCGAUAUGGUGAAGAAAGAGAUCUGUAUACACAAGAAUAUGAAACACAAGCACAUUAUUCAGUUUCACGCGUACAAGCAAAUCGAGUCCAAGAUAUAUCUGCUGUUAGAAUACGCGGCUGGCGGUGAACUUUUCGACAAGAUUGAACCGGACUGCGGUGUGGAUGAGGAUCUGGCGCAUGUGUACUUCAAGCAGCUCAUAUCCAGUGUCGAGUACCUGCACGCAAUGGGUGUUGCGCACAGAGACAUCAAACCAGAGAACAUCCUGCUAGACGAUCACAAUAAUUUCAAGAUAUCCGAUUUUGGCUUGUCGACUGUUUUCCGCAACAAAGGGAAAGAACGACUCCUACAGCGCCGAUGCGGCACGUUUCCGUACAUUGCACCAGAGGUGUACAACGAACUGGAAUACAAGGCCCAGCCAGCCGACAUCUGGUCGUGUGGCGUGGUGCUUAUCACACUGCUGGCGGGAUGUUUACCCUGGGACGAGCCGUCGGAGCAGUGUUCUGAUUUCCGCAACUGGCGGCUGGGAUCAGUGAAUAUGGAGAACCAAUACCCGUGGUCAAACAUGAGUGUCUCGGCACGAGGUAUGACAGACAUCGCAAUAUAG